AAUUUUGUUGCAGUGAUUAUGUUGUGUCCCUCACGGGCGGACGUGAAUGGCACGUCUAUAUUAAAUACAAGGUCUAUGUAAGAUAUAGACCGAUAAUAUUUUUCCCUAUCAUAUUGGUCCAUUUGAUCAUUCCCUCUGGUUAGCCUUAAUGGAAAGCCCUUAAAAAAAAAAAAGAAUAAACAAUUUCCGAACGCAACUAAUCCGACAGCUCAGCUGUCAAAGCUCGCUUCAUCUCAUUUCUGUGUACUCGCGUCCUAUGUCUUAUUUUCGCUACUAGAAUACGGAAAUCAACAUAUUAAUCAUAAUUUUUAAUUAAUUAUAAAUCUUAAUAUAUAUUCAAACUAGAAUGUGUAUUUUAUAAUGGAUAUAACACUUAGUAAAUCGUCAAAUGAUGGCGCCUUGUGGUGCCGCGCCUGUCUGUCGGUCGAAGGGAAAAUGUACAAUAUUCAUGAGUACAAACUUGCUGAUGCUUUUGCUCACAUCAUAGGAAGCCCUGUUCACGAGGAUAAGCUCCCGCAACACCUUUGCGCGUAUUGCGGCACGCAGCUGCUCAAAUGUGAAUCCUUCAGAGACAUGUGUCUGACGACACAACGGUAUCUUGUGACCGAGCUGCUCAACAAAGAGUUGAAUACAUACUGUAUUCCCAAAACACUCCCCUUUAACAGACCCUUCAACUUGACAACAACAGACGUCAGAACCGCAGAGUUUACUGACACUCCCUCAGCUGAAAGAUUAAUUGAAACUGACAUAAAAGUUGAACCCAACAUAGACAUUGUUGACGUGGACGGUAUUAUAGAUCAAACCGAUUUAAAAAUUGAAUCUGAAGAAAAUGAAGGUAACAGUAAAAGUACCAAGCGAAAGAGAAAAACUGCGGCUAAGAAAAAAACAGAAAAUAUUGAAGAUGAUGAUGAAAUCAGCGAAGAACAUAAGUUAGAGAAUAUAAAAGUUGAAGUAAAUCAAGAUAAUUAUGAAUAUGAAGAUACUAAGACAGAAUGGGACAUAGCAAUUGAAGAUGAUAAUAUUAAUUUUGAAGAUGAUUUUAGUGAUGAUAAAUUAGAGAUAAUGCCGAUAAAAAAGAGGAAAAGGGUUAAGAAAAAAAUUGAAUUGAAAGUUGAUGAAGAUAAAGAUAAGCCAAAAGUCAGAAGGAAAAGAAAGAGGAAGGAGGAAGUAACAAGGAAGUUUAGAAAAGCAGAAAACGAUUUUAUGCCGGUGUUUGACUUUGCUACAUUUGAGAGUUCUUAUGGUGUGAAGAUUGUUGUUUUGAGCAAGGAAGAGCAGCUGGAAGAGAUCGCCUCUCGCAAGAAGUCCCGGAACUACCUGGAGUCCCACUUCCGGUGUGACGACUGCGGAAAAGGGUACGACGCGGAGGCCGCCUAUAACAAUCACCGAUUACGACAUAGUCCUAGCGAAGGUUCGCUCGCUUGUGAGAUCUGCUUCGUGCGGUUCAAGCGGCAGUGCGUGCGACAGAGACACCAAGAUGUUCACCGACUAAAGUUCCUCUGCAAUGAGUGUAGCUACGUGUCGCGGGACAGGGGACAAGCGAGGAAGCACCACGCCAUGCACGCGGGCAAGACGUACGAGUGCCAGCACUGUGGGAAGAGCUUCAUUAAGAGUUCAACAUAUUUGUCGCACGUGCGUCUGGCGCACCCCGCCAUGAAUGUGGCAUGCGACAUGUGUGGCGAGACGUUCAUAGGACAGGUGGGGCUGAAGAUGCACAAGGCCAGGAUGCAUACUGAGAAAAUCAAGUGUACCAUAUGCUCAGCCAAGUUUGUCAGUAUAACCGCGCUGAACAGACACACGGACACGGCCGCCGAGCACGGCGACCUGCGGCCGUGCGAGCAGUGCGGCGAGAACUGUGCGAGCGAGGACGCGCUACGGGAACACGUCAAAGAGACGCAUCCGAAGGAAACGCAUCGGUGUGAGGAGUGUGGCAUGACGUUCCCAACGUUGUCGGCGUACGACGUGCACCACCGACGCAAGCACCUCAACCAGCGGUACAGCGACGCGGGCCGCCAGCGACACACAACACGCAAGAAAUACCCGCAAACACACAAGCAGGGCCAGUUCGUGUGCGAGACUUGCGGGAAGCUGAUGCAGAACGCCACCGCGCUGAGAACCCACCAGCACUCCCACUUGGACAUCAAACCCUUCGCCUGCAACGAAUGCCCGAAGAGCUUCACUCUCAAGACGUCCUUGCAAUGGCACAUGAGGUCACACACGGGGGAGAAGCCGUACCAGUGCCCCGAGUGCCCGCUCGCCUUCAGCCUGAAGGGGAACCUCGACCGCCACCACAAAACUGCACACCUGGGUAUGCGUCAAAGCGUCCCCUGCCCGAUCUGCGGCCGCGUCUUCACCACCAACUCCUGCGUCCGCGUCCACAUCAAGACGGUGCACCACGGCCAGCCGGGGCCCAAGCGGGACCGGCGCAAGCGCAACAAGUACGGCAAGGAGUCGCUGCUGGAUAAUAAAUAAUAAUAAUACUCAA